AUGAGUUGCAGGUUUGCUAGGGUCCUGCUCGUGGUAGUCGUCGUUACGUACUUCGACGGCUUAACCAGUGCCGACUUCGAUGGCAGUGUCCAAAUCCGGAAUUCGCAGGACACAUUCAACCGAAACUUGAAAGAAAACGCACCGCAGCAUCUCAAGGGGCCAGAAGAUGUGGAUGACCACUCGACCAACGAAGAGAGAGGGAUUUUGAGCGCCAUCAAGUCAAAGAUCCUUUUUAACAAGCCGCCGAAAGUUGACAAGACGAAGCAGCUUUCUGGGACAAAGCCCGACGCUAACAAAAUUCAGAUUGCUGCGGGUCAGAAAGUUGAUCUCAGCGAGUUGAAAACUACUUCGGGAAAGACUUUUGAUCUCUCCAAAGCGGAGUUUAAGGUUAUUUCAGCUAAGGAGGCCGAUGUCAGUAAAUUGAAAAAGCUGGCGGAAAAGGAUCCUGAUGUGUUGAGUAUUUCGGUUGCAGGAGGAAAGAGCCCCAAACAGUUUUCGACAAAACAAGUCUCGGACCUCCAAUCGCUCAUCAAAAAGCACCCGGAAAGCAGAGGAUUCCUCUCUCCAAACUUGAUUGGCGUUGCUGCAGUUGUACUUCUAUUUGUUGGUCCCUCGAUCGCUCUAAUCGUCGUCGGCGCUACUACGGAUACAUCUCCAAAAUAA